AUGAUAAAUUUUUAUUUAAUUCUUUUUUAUUUUAUUUUAAGUGUAAAGAAUACUCAUGAAAAAACAACAAAAGAUUAUGAAUGCGUUAAUUUAUUAUCACAUAAGGAUUUUCAUGAAAAAUUACAAACUUUAAGAAAAUAUCAAAUAAAGGAUAAAAAUGUACAAAAUAAAAACAAAUAUGUUUUUUCAUAUUUUGGAAGUUCUGGGAGUAAUAAAAGAAGAAUUUUAGAAAAUUUAUUUAAUAUAUCAUCAGAAAAAAGAAACUUUAUUAAUUUAGGAUUUCAACAAAAAUUAGAUCUAUGGUUUGGAUAUGAUAAAAAUAAUAAUUUUAAUGUUGUUCUCGAUAUAGAUUUAUUAGAAAAUAAAGAAUUUUUAGAUAAUUAUGAAACUAUAUAUAAUUAUGAAAAGUUAGUUGAUAUUAUUAUUGAAUCAACAAAUAGUGUUAUAAUAUCUUUAUCGAUGGAAGAUAUAUAUAAGGAAAUAUAUGACGAAAAGGAAAAGAAGGAUUGUGCAAAAAACAUUACAAAUAAAAAGUAUCUUAUCAAUUUACCUACAAAAAUAGAAAUUCUUUUAAAUAGAUUGAAUCAGAAAAGUAAAAAUAUGAAUAUUUAUUUAAUUAUUACAGAUAAUAAAAAACUACAUAGUGCUAAUGUUAAUAAAGAUAUAAUUAAUCAUUUAAAAUUAAAGUAUAACAAUUUACAUAUUUAUUUAAUAAAGCAGAGUAAAAUGAAUGUAGAUUUAUUACAAAAGAAUAAUAUAAAUAAAUAUGAACUAUUAAUAAAUAAUAUAGAAGGUUCUAUGAAAGAAAUGAAUACAUUUAAGAAUUUUGAUAUCUUUAAUGAAAAUUUUGUUUAUAAUAUAUAUGUAAUAGAGGAAUCAUAUAUAAAAUGCUUAAAUUAUUUUGAUAAAAUAUAUUAUGAGUAUGAGAAAAAUAUUAUAAUGGGGAAUGUUAUUGAAAAUUAUGGUGAAUUAGCAGAAAACCUUAUAAAAUCUUCUUUGCUUUUGUUUCAUUUAUUGACAUUUGAACAAACAGGUACAAAAUUUAAGGAUACAAUUUUUAAGAAAUUAAUGGCAAGAUUUCAAACAUUAAUACGUAAACAAAUAUUAAAGCAGUUAUUAUUGUUAGAAAUCUCUUAUAUUAACAAAGGAAAAGAUAUGAUAUUAAAUAAAUUCUAUAUAAAGAAUGACAAAGAUUUAUUAGAAAAAAAAGAUAAAAUUGAAAAUUUAAAAAAUUCUUUAAUAAAAAAAUUUACAUUUGAAAUAAAUAAAUUAAUCACCAAACAAUUUAUAUUAGACAGUAGUCUUAAUAACACAAUUAAAGAAUUUUUAUAUCAAUUCGAAGAAAAAUUAGAAAAAAUAUUAAAUAAUUAUUAUGAUUUGAAUCAAAGCCCAUUAAAAAAAUUAUUUGAUAAACGAAAAAUAAGAGAAGCUCUUAAUAGAAAAAAAAAAAUGUUUAAUCCAUCUUUAAAUAUGAAUCUAACUUUAACAUCAUUAAUUAGAAAAAGUGGAUAUGGAAAUUUCCAAAGCUAUUUUAUAUAUGAUUUAGGUAUAUUAAAAUUUGUACUAGGAGUUGUAAAUGAUAGAAAUACACCUGAAGUUCAACAACAAGGAGAUAAAAUUCCUUUUUUAAAAUUUCAACCAAAAUUGAAUCUAAAAUUAAAUUUUAAAUAA